AUGAAUUCAAGUAAUAACAAUAAUAAUAGUAAUAAUAGUAAACCUCGGCAGAACUCUCCUGAUACUUAUACAUCAAUGCCUCGUAUUUCAACUAAUCGAAAUACAUCUGUAUAUUCUUCUUCUUCUUCUUCAAGUAAUAAACAACUUAGCAAUAGUAAUAAUAUGACUAAUACUAAAACAUCACCAGCUGAUGUAAAUUCCACUUGUGAUGAGCAUAAUAAUAAUUCUAAUAUAAAUACUGUUCCUACUUCUAUCACAACUACUUCAACAUUAAACCUUCAUAGUCAUCAUCCAUAUCAUCCUGCCAAUGUGUCGUCAACAACAACUUUGUCAUCUUCAACAUCAUCGUCUAUUUCCACUGCCUCCUUAUCCACUUCAUCUAUUGAUCCCGGUUUAGUAACGAUGUCUAAUUUAAAUACAACAUGUAUUGGUACAGAUCAGUCAACAGUAACAACACCAGCAUUGUUGACAAAUGAAUCAUCUAAUUCAUUAUCGUCAAGAUCAUGUGAUUCAACAACAUCUAAUCUUAUUGUAAAUUCUCCUAAUCGUUCAGUAACGACAACAAAUAAUAACAACAAUACUAAUAAUAAUAAUGUUAGCAGUAGUAAUAGUACAACAAAACGCAAAAAUAGUCCAACAACUACUGAAGAUGAUUUAACUACUGCCAAUACAAAUAAUAGUAACAAUAAUAAUAAUAUACAAUCAUACUAUUCCACAACAUAUCCAAAUACAUCAACAAUAGCUGUAUCUAAUAGUUUGAUGCAUAGUGGAAUUUCUAUCGCAACCGGUGGAAUAAACAAUAACACCAAUACUAUGAAUAAUAAUAAUUCCCACCGUUUAUCUUCAAAUAAUCCUGUUACUGGUGGAACACAUUCCCAUUUAAACUAUUCUGAUAUUAAUUCAAGACAUGUUGGCAAUAAUAUGUCACAGUCGAAUUUGUCUAAUUCAACAGCGUCAGUGACAGCUUCCACUGGAUCAGCAAGUAUACCAGGUGGAGCCAAUUCAGGAUCUUUAAAUAAUGCUGUAAAUAUUGGACAUGGUAUGAACAAUGCUGAAACAACUAUUCAUAAAGCAAGAUCAGCUUUAUAUGAACAUCCAUUAUUUCCAUUACUGGCAUUAAUCUUUGAAAAAUGUGAAUUAGCCACAUGUACACCACGAGAUCCAAUGUCAGCUGCUGCUGCUGCUUCAGCUUCCGGUAAUACAAACACAGGUAAUAUGGAAGUAUGGUCAUCUGAAUCGUUUAAUGAAGAUAUUAUUGUAUUUGCGAAAGAAUUAGUUAAUUCCCAAAAAACUAUUCGCACUGGUGAUCCCGAGUUAGAUUCUUUGAUAAUCCAAGCUAUUCAAGUUCUCCGAUUUCAUCUUCUUGAAAUAGAAAAAGUUCAUGAACUCUGUGAUAACUUCUGUUCUCGUUAUAUAACAUGUUUACGAGGUAAAAUGCCGAUUGAUUUAGUAAUUGAAGAUAGAGAUUCUGCUGGAUCAACUGGUUCAGGUAAUAGUCCACAACCUGUUAAUUGUUCAAUGAAUCAAUCAAUAAUUAAUUCAAAUCCAUCGUUAGGGUUACAACAUGGAAAUCUUCCCAGUGGUCAUUCUACAACAACAACACCAACAACGAAUCUGUUUAAUAAUUUAAUUGAUGAUUCAAAUGGAGGAUUGAAUAUGCAACAUAAUUUAUCUCAUCCAAAUAUUGGAAAUUUUGCAAAUAAUAAUAAUAAUAAUCAUCAGCAUCAUUCAGGAUUUCAUGGCGAUCCAGCAGCUGCCUACGCGGCAGUUGCUGCCGCUGCUGCAGCAUCGUCUGUAACACAAAUGGGUGGAUUAUUAGGAUUGGGCGGUAUGUAUCCAUGUUCGAAUUUACCUGCUGGAUCCAGUAAUGCAUUCCAUUCAAUGUUUGGAGGUGGUGGUAGUGGUGGUGAUCCACGAUAUAAUCCUAAUCCGCAUAAUUCCCCAAUGUCUGGUUUUUCAGACUCUUCAAGUUAUUACGCACAACAACAACAAUUACAUCAUAAUCACCAUCAACAGCAACUCCAUCCACAUCAUGGUAAUCAUUCAAACUAUCCUGGAUUGUAUUCAAAUCCAUCGGGGUUUGGAGGUGGUAGUGAACUUAGACCACCACAUCUUGGUUCACCUUAUACAAAUCAUCCAUCUGGGUUAUCAGGCAAUUUUAAUAAUAAUACUAAUAAUAAUUCACAAAAUUUUAUCGGACAUUUACCAAGCGGGCAUGGUGGAACAAAUUUAACAGGAUUUGGUCAACAUCAAUUAUCUGCAGAUGCAUUAUCAUCAUCUUCGUCAUCUGGAAUGGUCGGACGAUCAAAAAAUUCUUCCCCUUUACUUGGAAGUGUUGGAAGUCGGCGGUCACCGGAUGCAGAUGAUCGGACUAGUCCUAAUGGCGGUGGAAAUACAUGUCACCGUAAUGGAGCAUCUGGGUGUGGAAACUCCAACAAUCGUGGUAGUGGUGGUGGAGGUUGUGAUGGAAAUGGAGGAGGUGGUGGGGAUGGCAGCGGCGGCGGUGGUGGUGGUGGUGACCGUGGACGGUCAUCUGACAAUUCUGGUGGGGGUGGACGUACUGCUUCUGGUACAACAAUUUCCAACACUCAACAUAUUGCUGAUCAUAGUUUGGUUCGCCAAACUCAUAAUCAUCAUCCACAUUCACUCAAUCACAUGUCACAAAAUUUAUCUCAGUCCAAUACACCAAUGUCUCGUAGUCAUGGUAAUGCCAGUCAAGAUAUGAACAGUGAAGCGGGUGAUGGAAUUGAUAACUCAAUUGGAUCGGGGGAAAAUUUUGAUGAAUUCGAUUUAGAAGAAAAAUCAAUAAAACGUCAGAAAAAACGUGGUAUUUUCCCUAAAGCUGCUACAAAUAUUAUGCGAGCUUGGCUAUUUCAACAUCUAUCACAUCCUUAUCCAUCGGAAGAACAAAAAAAGCAAUUAGCUACAGAUACUGGUUUAACAAUUCUACAAGUAAAUAACUGGUUUAUUAAUGCUCGACGACGUAUUGUUCAACCAAUGAUUGAUCAAUCAAAUAGAGCCGGACCACAUGGCUAUCCACCCGAUGCUGCAGGAUGCUUACCUUAUAUGGAUAAUCAACAUUUUGCUGCCUAUGGUCGUCCAGGCUUUCACCCAUCAUCUCUUCGUCCUGAAGAGUUCUAUGCGGCAGCUGCAGCCGCUGCAGUUGGAAAUAACGCGUCAGCUGGUGAUCUAGACGGUCAUUUAAAUUCUGGACGUCCCAAUCUUCCUGGUGGGGGAGGAUAUAUGUCAAAUUAUUUAGGCGGUGGUAGUCUACCAGACUCUGAUUUCUCAAAUCCAAAUAACUAUCAGCGUGGUGGUGGUGGGUUAUUCCCUAAUUCUGGAAAUGGUGUUGGGGGUGUAGGUGCUUAUCCACCAAUAUUAGGUGGUCAUCUUCCCUAUGGUCCUUAUUCUACUCCUUCACCAACUCCACCGUCGAACACUCCUAAUCAUAUGUCUGGAAGACAUUCUAAUCAAUUCCCUGGACAGUUUGGUUUGUUUCAAAAUUCCCAUAAUAGUAACAACAUUUCGGACAAUAAUAAUAAUUAUAAUUAUACAGCAAAUGAGUCGAAAAUGCGUACAGCUGCUGAUGUGGAUAGUAUGCAAAAGGCAACUUUAGCUGUUGCUCAGUACGCGGCAGCACUCGCCUUACAGCAACAACAACAACAAAGUUUGAAACGUAAUUAUCCAGCAACUAAUACAACUACUGCCACUACUACUAACAAUAAUCAUAAUCCUAAUUUAAGUAAUAAUUCUACACUGUCUCUAUCCACUACAGGUUAUAAUUCACCUAAUUAUAGAGGAAUGAGUAACGGUCAUUCUAUGUCAUCUGGUCAUCCGACACCAUUAUCUCCAACACACAAUGAUAAUUCGAUUUUUAAUGGACCUAAUAAUGUAAUGAAUAACAUUCCAUCUGCACAUUUACAACAUUCAAUAAAUAAUCCUACUGCUGGUUCACCAACAUCAUCAUCAUCCUCACCAUCAUCAUUCCCAGUGUUGAAUAGACAUACAAAUUUAAAUUUAUCAAAUUAUAAUCAUCAUACAAAUCAUGUAACUGGUCAUCAUCAUCACUCACAUCAUCAUCAUAGUAGUGGUGGGUUCUUACCUUCCGUUGGUGGACAAGACACAAUACCCCAACCAUCAUUACAAGAUAUCCAUGCAGGUUAA